UUGGCGGGUGUCAACGCGUUUAUGUUGGAGUGGGGGGAGUGGAGCCUGGAGGAGGGGAUCCUGCGUGCUGAAGCGAGCCCAGCGCGUCACUUGCGCGGACCCGCGCGCGCGGUGAUGACUGACGGUGGUUUGGUGGGUGGGUGGCGCGACCUCAGCUCUCCGGGCUCUGUGGGAGAGGCGUGCCGCGUCCCACCACUCGGCCCCUCCUCCCUUCCUCCCUGCGGGCCACCUGCAUGGAGCGCCGGGACUCGGGUGUGAUCCCGUCGCCCGCGUCCUCCUCCGGGCGCCUGCAGUGGCUCACUCAUGACGACGACGACAUGACUGUGGAGAACAUGCCGGAUCCGGGCCAAAACCUCCAGCACUUUGGCCAGUACGAGCAGGGCUGUUGCGAGCGCGUCGUCAUCAACAUCUCCGGUUUGCGCUUCGAGACCCAGCUGAGAACUUUCAACCAGUUUCCGGAUACGCUGCUGGGCGACCCCCGCAAAAGGAUGCGCUACUUUGACCCACUCCGGAAUGAGUACUUCUUCGACCGAAACAGACCCAGCUUCGACGCCAUCCUCUAUUACUACCAGUCCGGCGGGCGCAUACGGAGACCCGUCAACGUGCCAUUUGACAUCUUCUCCGAGGAAAUUCGCUUCUACCAGCUCGGCGAGGACGCGAUGGAAAAGUUCCGUGAGGAUGAAGGCUUCAUCGGGGAGGAGGAGCGCGUCCUGCCCAAGAACGACUUUCAGAAGCAGAUCUGGCUGCUGUUCGAGUACCCGGAGAGCUCCGGUCCGGCGCGGGGCAUCGCUAUCGUGUCCGUUCUCGUCAUCCUGAUCUCCAUCGUCAUUUUCUGCAUGGAAACUCUGCCGGAGUUCCGCGACGAGCGAGACCAAUCCGCGCAGCUCGCCCGCAACUCCAGCACGAGUAGCGACGCGCCGAGUCCCUUCACCGAUCCCUUUUUCGUCAUCGAGACCCUGUGCAUCAUCUGGUUCUCCUUCGAACUCCUCGUGCGCUUCUUCUCGUGCCCCAGCAAGACUUCCUUCUCCAGGAACAUCAUGAACGUCAUCGACGUGGUGGCCAUCAUUCCUUACUUUAUCACGCUGGGCACCGAGCUGGCCGAAACGGAGAGCAACGGGGGCCAGCAGGCCAUGUCCCUCGCCAUCCUCCGCGUCAUCCGCCUGGUAAGGGUCUUCCGAAUUUUCAAACUCUCCAGGCACUCCAAGGGGCUCCAGAUCCUGGGGCAGACCCUGAAGGCCAGCAUGAGAGAGCUGGGCUUGCUCAUCUUCUUCCUCUUCAUCGGAGUCAUCCUCUUCUCCAGCGCCGUUUACUUCGCCGAGGCGGACGACCCCACGUCGAGCUUCAGUAGCAUUCCGGACGCCUUCUGGUGGGCGGUGGUCACCAUGACCACGGUGGGCUACGGCGACAUGCAUCCGGUGACCAUCGGUGGCAAGAUUGUGGGCUCACUGUGCGCCAUCGCCGGCGUGCUGACCAUCGCGUUACCCGUGCCCGUCAUCGUGUCCAACUUCAACUACUUUUACCACCGCGAGACGGACGCCGACGAGCCGCCGCCGCCGCCGCCGCCGCCGUGCACCCAGACUGCCAGCUGCGAAAUCCUGCCCGGCGCAGAGGUCCUCCAGCCGCGGGGGUCGUGCGCCUCUUCCGCCACCAUCGGAAAGGGAGACUACGUCGGCGUGGACGAGGGCGCAACACGGCCUCAUUUCAACAGCCACAAGUGCGUGAAUAUCACCAAGAUGUUUACCGACGUCUGAAGUGGGAAAAACAGUGACAUUGUGACUUUUUUUUUCAAUUGUGAUUUGUUAUUGUGUUUUUAUUGCUCAUAUCUAUGGACAGCAAAUGUCACUUUGUUAUUUAUUCAAUGCUGAACUAUCAUUCCUCACAGAAAAGUGGGUGACAUUUUGAAAGGAAUCUAAAAUGCACUGCAGCCUUUCCAGGUGGACUUACUUUGACCUGUAAAGUUCUGAAUGCAUGUAUCCAACUGUUCAUUCUUAUUAGAAAACCGACAGUUGUGCAAAAAGCAGCCUACAGAAAUGCUCAAGCGUUCAACAAGUGCAUUGGAAAGUUCAAAGUAUCUACCAGCAUAAAGAUUCACCCUCAAAUUUCACUCAAAAGCUGAAUUUUCUUA